AAAGGGGGCGUGACACUGUCAAUGCAGUGUUUUCGCUAAUUCUGCAGACUCCGGCGAAAUUUCAUCGAUUAAUUUUCAUUUCGCCGCCGCGAAGAGAUGAAAAUUGGGAAACUUUGCGUUUUACACGCUUAGGGCAUGGCCAUUUAUUUGCACUGAAUCGCUACCGAUGGUGCUUGUUUCAAGAUAAAUCCCAAAUUUGGCUCGGUCCACUAUUUGGAGAGGAUGCCGAGUUUGGAGCAGCUGUUGCAGGCGGCCAGCAACCCGGCAAACUCUGGCCCGGACACAGCAGCCAUCGACCGCUUCUGCGAGCGAGUGAAUGUCGAACCUGACGGCGCCCUGCUGGCCACCCGUCUGCUUGCGGCCAAAAUCCAAUCCAGUCACGAAUGGGAGGCGCUGCAAGCUUUGCACAUCCUUGAGCACUGCGUCCGCACGUGUCCGUCUCUGCUUCCUGAAGUGGCCAAGUUUCGUUUCCUCAACGAGCUGAUCCGCGUCGUGUCGCCCAAGUACUUGGGUCCUCGCACCGCUCCUGCCAUCAAAAGCAGAGUCCUUGAGAUGCUUUUUGGCUGGACAAGGCAGUAUCCUCAGGAAACAAAGAUCCAGGACGCCUUUGACAUGCUCCGUAAGCAGGGGGUAGUCACAGACGAUCACAUGUCUUCACCAUGCGCUGUUGUGCCACCGAGGCCGUCGGACAAAACUUCAGUGUUUGAGGACGACGAGAAGUCCAAGCUGCUGAAGCGACUUUUGCAGAGCAAACACCCGGACGAUUUGCAGGCGGCCAACAGACUGAUCAAAUCGAUGGUGCGAGAGGACGAGAAGCGCACGGAGAGGCAGUGCAAGGCCACCAGCAAGGUUGAGCAGGUGCAAAACAACUGCCAACUGCUCAUGGAAAUGCUCACGCACUACAACAAAUCUGGUGCCAACACUGCUGACUUGGAGUUAAUGUCUGAAUUGAAACAGACUUGCGAAACUUUGAGGCCAACCCUCAGCAACCUUGCUGAGGAGUGUGCCGACCAGGAGGAAAUUCUCAACGACAUCAUCUCCGCUGGGGAAGAGCUCAGUCGUGUCCUGGAUAUCUACACAGCUGUGAUCCUCCGAGGUGAAAAACUGCCCUUGAGGACAACGUCCGCAGGCGCAUCCCUGCUUGACUUAGGCCAAGACGAAGCCUGCUCCGUGGCGCAGAACAACAAAAGUGACGCCGACCAGCUGAAGGAAAUUUUCAGUUCGGCUGGAAUGAAUUCGGUUGCCGAAUCGACGCCCAUGAGCGCACAGUUGUUGGACGGGCCGUUGUUGAUGGACGCACCGAUCAUGGGCGCCAAAGUGGAGUUGGGGCCUCGAAAAGCCAAUCCCUCCCUAAUGACGGGUUCAGCCGAUUUCAUCUCCUCCCCUACAACUGUCAAAGUGGAGAAAAAACCACACGGUGACCCCCUCAAGGGCCUCGACCUGGACUUCCUCGUUCAAGCCCAAAUGACUGAAGGUCUGCAAAAGAAGCAGAAAAAAAUCAGCACCGGCGAUGAUGCAAUUCUAGAUUUUGAAAACGCAAACCACGGAGACGACUCACUGUUGGACUUUGGAAAGUCGGACAGUCUCCCCGACCUGGAACCUUUAAAUAUGGAUGGGCCUCCUGAAACAAAUUCUAAAAUACCCGCAGAUAUCUUAAACUUGCCUAACGUAAACACAGUUUCCAAAGAUGUCCCAAAACCUGAAAAACCACCGACGGCCACAGUUGAGCCGCAAAGAGCUUCCGAAGAACCUCCGAUAGAUUGUAAAGCUCUUUUAGCCAACCUCACUGUUAGUUUGACUGAAGUGCGUCCAAGUCGAAUCCCCCCAGUGGUGGUUCUGGACCAGCCAGAGGGCCUUCACGUGUCUCUGCACGUGGCCCAGAACUGCCCAAGACCUGGUGUCCGAGUGGUUGUCGUCUCCAUUCAAAGCCGCCUGGCACAACCGCUGGACAGUCUCGUGUGUCAGUGUGUGGUGCCCAGCAAGGCCUGCAAGGUGCGACUCCAACCCCCUUCGGCUUCCGAGCUGCCUGCCUUCAGCCCCUUCCUGCCGCCCCCAGCGGUCACCCAGCUGAUGCUGCUGGCAAACCCAAAGGAGCAGAAAAUCGGCCUCAAAUUAAUGCUGUCCUAUUGUGUGGAUGGUGACCUGGUCACAGAGAUGGGUGAGGUGGAACACUUGCCUUUUGAAGGCUCAACAUAAAUUUGAAAAUUAAAACAAAAAUAUUAUGUGAUCUGAACUCAACUGUUCUCUCGCCUUCAGUUGUUUUAUCUUUGUUGCAAUACGUACGCGUGUGAUUUUUUUCCUCCUUACUUUGAAGUUCCAAUCUUGUUUUUACUGUCCCUUCUUUGACCAGUGAAAUGUAUCCUCACUCAAAAGAAUUAUUAUUAUAUUUUAUGCAUUCCGCCUGUUUCCUUUGACCUGAUAAUGGCACUCACAACUGAUAAAAUGUGUAUGAUUAAAUAUUAGGAAAUUAUAUUGAUAUGAAAUAUAAUAAUAAUGCUUGUAUGAAAAUGAGCUUUAAAUACACAAAAAAAAUCUGUGAAUAUUAGAAAAAUAACCCUAGUUUCUCUGAUGAAAAAUUUGUAGACUUAAGCAAAAGAAACUCUGGCCAGGUAGUUUUUUCAUGUACUGAAGAUAAGAAAAAUUAAUCAAACAAACAUUUUGAUCGAAAAAUUAUGAAUU